GAAGAGAUAACUUUCCCCUCUGGUUCAGUACUUCAUUUCAAAGGUGUGGGUGAACAGACAUCAAGGGAAGAUCUUAAGGAAUUGUUUGGUGCCCAUGAGGAAAUUGAUUGGGUCGACUUUGCAAGAGAAGACACAGAGGGUUAUAUUCGUUUUGCAAAUGAAGGGGSAGCUCAGCGUGCUGYCGAUGCUGUUAAAAAAGCCAAUGAUGGUAAAAUAUGUWUAAGGGGUGUYGAAACUGAAGCUUCUGUUUUAGAAGGUAACUAAGGCAUUWUUUGUAUUACCCAGAAUGCAAAUCAGUCAUAUAUUUUAGGA